CCCCAUUUUCUCCUGAUUCCCUCCGCCAUACAAUCAAUCUUUACUAGAAGUCUAAAACCUUCCGCUUCACAGAGAGAAGAAAGGACUUUGUCAUGGCCUCAGUCACCUCAGCGGCUGUUACCAUCCCAUCAUUCACUGGCCUCAAGGCCGGUGCCGUCACAACAAAAGCUAGCGCCUCCGUGAAGGUGUCAGCUGCGGCGGCAGCACCAAGGCUGAGCGUGAAAGCGUCAAUGAAGGACUUGGGUGUCGCAGUUGCUGCCACAGCUGCGAGUGUAAUGCUGGCUAGCAAUGCAAUGGCGAUUGAGAUUUUGCUCGGGGGAGAUGAUGGGUCAUUGGCUUUUGUUCCGAGUGAAUUCAGUGUGAGCAAGGGAGAGAAGAUUGUGUUCAAGAACAAUGCUGGGUUCCCACACAACGUUGUGUUCGACGAGGAUGGAAUUCCCGGCGGAGUUGAUGCUGGCAAGAUCUCCAUGGCCGAAGAGGAUCUGCUUAAUGCCGCAGGAGAGACUUUUUCUGUUACCUUAACCGAGCCUGGAGAGUACGCAUUCUACUGUGCCCCUCACCAGGGUGCUGGCAUGGUAGGAAAGGUCACCGUUUCCUAAGCUUUAACGGUCAUUGCGAGCGUCUCUUCCUUUGCUUUUCCUUUCUUAGGGCUCUCCAAGUUUUUUUAAUCUUUUGGGAAACCAAAUCAAACGUUAAUGGGAGACGAGGGAAAUGAAUGUGGUGAAGUGAGCUAAUGUUAAUUCGUAUCUGGUUCUUCAUUUACAACUGGUGCUGUAGGAUUUUGUCAUGCAAGUCUGUAUAUUUAGUUCUCUUUGUAUUAAUAAUUUCUCCAUCUCCCCAGUUUUUAUUCACUCCCAAAAUUCUAAUUUGGAUUCAA